CACAGGUGAGGCGGCAGCGGAGAGGAACUUGAAAUACAGGAUGCAAGAUCCACUUUAGCGAGGGGUGCCCGCAUUUUGCACUGGCAUCGCGCUUUGAAUUGUGCUGUGUGUACAUGAGCAAGGCGGGCGUGUCAGGUUGUCAUGAGAUGCACAUGGAGUCAAACACUCAUGCAUGACACAGCGCAAAUCGAGACAUGUGCCGCAAACAGGACGGCCGGAGUUUGGUCAUACUAGGCCCUAGGCUGGUAUGCUGCCAUUGGUCAUGACGGCAGGUUGCUGUUGUCAGGCUGUCAUGUUGACAUGUUGUUGCUUCACUGGCAUGGGGCACACUAACAUGCUGACACGUUGUCAACCGGGUCAUGUUGUGACGCUACCUUGCUUGCGGGUUUCCAAGGCCGGUUCUGGAAGAGGUUCCUUAAUUCGUGUUGGUUUGCCGCAAGCUGCUCAAGCAGCUGCUCCCAAACAAUUCAGGGGCGUGUUCUGGAUCUUGCUCUCAAACCUGCCCCUGACCCUGCUGUAGGACCUGCUCCGUAUUCCUGUCACGAACCUUGUUCCCUCCCGCGCUGGCGCGCGAGGCCAGGUUGAUCAUCAACACACAAGGAGUUCUUAAUUAUUUAAUUGCAUGUGCCACGGAACCAGCUUUGGCUCUGAAAAUGUGCGUUGCAUGACAGCAACUAGGCCCUGCUCUGGGAGGGGCUUUGGUGGAAAGCCGGGUGUGCACCCACCGUCCUUGCACGACCCUUCGAUCGAUGCAACUUCGCAUGAAACCCGCAGCAUGUUCUGGACGAAUUCCUAUAUAUUCCUAUGCCUCAAUGCUGCUUUGUCAGCCCCCAUGACAAUGAAAAGAUUGCUUGCCCGACACCGAUAUCAACAUUUUUAAUGGAAGUUGGGGCACUUGUGAAGGUGCUGGCACAUGUAUGUGGAAUAGUGCCUGGCGAACGCAAGAAGGUUAUUUGUACGGCAGGAAAGGCCGGACAAAAAUGGGGCCAUGGUUCCACCACCACUGUCAAGCACAAUGUGCGGUUUUGGAUCCAUUUGGUUUGGUGGUUAGCCUUUUGUCGGAUGAUUCCGUAGGGCUGCUUCGUGAGCUGACAUUUUGGGUGGUCUAUGCGGCCAAUAUGUACUGGAAUGUGCUAAUGCAGGAAUGAUGCCACUUCAUACUUCCAUUUGGGCUGCACGGCAGCCUUUUUUUCCGGGGGUGCAUUAGUUUUCUGAAGACGUGGUGCGAGCCAGUGCGCGGUGCGCAAUUCAUUGAAGCCGUCUAUUGAAGCUUGGCUACGCGCCAUUCACGGAUGCAGUCGCUAUCAUGGCAAGGCCCUGGCGAGUCACUGUUGCUUUUGUGGCGACCGUGCUCGCAGUAGGUCAAAUCCAUGAUGCACAUGCAGUAGUCCUCCAAGAGGCGACCCUGCGGCGGAACCCCAUCUCCAAAGUUAUUGGCAUGUUGGAAUCGAUGGAAAAGAAGGUCAAGCAGGAAGCUGACGAGAAACACAGAGUUUAUGACAAGUACAUGUGCUAUUGCAAGCAGACAGGUGAAUCGCUGAUCUCCCAACUGGCCGAGGCAGCGAAAUCCCUUCCACAAUUGCGGUCUCGAAAGCAGGAGGUAUCUGCUCUACAAGCCUCACUGGAGGUUGAAAUUGAACAGCACAAGAAGGAUAGAGAAGAUGCUCAAAGUGCACUGUCAAGUGCUGCUGAAAUACGCAAGAAGGAGGCAGACACAUUCCUGAAGGACUCUCAGAAUCAACAGGAGUCCCUUAAUUCACUCACUGAAGCCAUCAGGGCGUUGCAGAAGAAUCAAGAAGUCGCAUUCCUUCAAUCGAGCAGCGCAUCCAUCCUUAGGAGGCUAUCUUUGUCAGCGGACAUGACAACCACGAACCGGGACUUGCUGUCAUCCUUUCUCUCUGCCAGAGGUGGGCCGAGCAGUCAAAUUCUAGGGAUGUUGAAGCAAAUGAAAGAGGACAUGGGAAGUGACUUGAAAGAGAUGAAGGAUUCUGAGCAGCAGCGGCUUGCAGAGCACUUGAGCCUCAUGGAAGCAAAGCGGAAGCAACAGCAGGUGGCCAUGAAAGCCAUGGAAGAAAAGAUGCUGCGGUUGGGGGAGUUGAAGGUGGAAAUGCAAGUUCUCAAAGAUGACCUCAAGGAUCAAGCAGAAGCUCAGAAGGAGAAUCAGCAGUUCGCCACCGACUUGAACAAGACGUGCGAAGACAAAGAGCAGGCGUGGAGCGAGUACCAGGCCUUGCAGGCUCAGGAGCUGGAGGCCUUGAGUGAGACGGUUGAGUUCCUGAGCAAAGACCAGGUUCGGGACGCCGUCGGAGAUGCUACGAAGGGAGCAGAGACGGCCAGGACUCCCAGCUUCGGAAACCUCCGCGCUUGGAGCUUCUUGCAGACGGAGGCUGAUGAGGCUGAGGCCACAGGCGACGUGGUCGAGCUGGCUCUUCGUGGGCAAAAACGUGGCAUGGACGAUGUGGUCAGCCGAAUCGAUGACCUGCAUGAAGUUCUUGACAAGGAGCAAGAGUCCGAUGAGGAGCGCCAUAGAUAUUGUGAAACCAAGCUACGGGAGGCCAAUGCAGCCAAGUCGAACAAGGAGCGAGAAUUUGAGGAUGCUACCAGCAUCCUGGCCACGUUUCAGAACGAGCACGACACCGUACUUGGGGAGAUCAAGACUCUGGAGGAGCACAUGAAGGAACUGGAUGCUCAGGUGGCCAAGACCACUGCAGCGCGGCAAGCUGAACGGGCGGCCUUCGAAAAGUCGCGGGACACCAACAAUGCAGCCUUGGAGCUUCUUGAAGUGGCUGAGAAGCGCCUCCAGCGGUUUUAUGCCACCUCGAGCAGCCUCGCGGAAACGGGUGCAACCCAGGCGAGGAUUCGGAGAGACCCUCAGGCCCCAAAAGCAGAUCUCUCAUACCAGAAGCAGGGCCAAGGCUUCAAGGUCCUGCAGCUCUUCACAACCAUCAAGGCGGAUGUUCAAAAGCAGACGCAGAUGCUCCAGUCACAAGAUGCCGUGGGGCAGUCUGAGUAUGAGAACCUCGUGAAGAACAGUAACCAGAAAAAGAUGGCCGACAAUCGCAGCUUGGGAAGCAAGCAGGCAGCAAAGGCAGAGCUGGAAGCAGAUAUUCAGCGAAGUCGAGAGGAGCUACGAUCGUUGAACCAGGUUCUCGGCGCCCUGCGAGAGGAAAUCAGAAGCUUGCACUCGCAGUGCGACUUUCUCCUCAAGAACUUUGACCUGCGAGAAGAUGCGUUGUGCCUCAGUGCUGCCGUCUCAGAAGAAGUCCACGUUGAGAGGUUCAUCAUCCGCUAGGGACUCUUCUUCUCCUUGUUCUUGGGCACUCGCUGUCCUCAUUGUGGUGUCUGGGUCGAGGCUGUCGAGUGCCGUGGAGAAGUGUAACCUGCGAGGCACGCCGCGCAGAACGAAGGUCCCUCACAAGAGCAAAGUCCAUCCUUGAAGCCAACUGACGAUGGCCAGGAGGUUGUGCAGCUGUGGUUGGAAAAAGCUGUUCGAAGAGUCAGCGGGCAAGACGGAAUCUUUUUGUUUCCAGACGGCAGGUUACUUGGCACGAACAUUUGGACAUGUAUUGAGCAACAUGCCGACGAUGGGUAGACAGAUGGAUUAUACGUAGAGAUUUGCUUUAAGACAGGAGUGG